UGAUGAUAUUAUUGGAUCAGAAUUUAUUUGUGACAGUUUAUUCCACAUUAGUUUUGUUCGUCUGUGAUAUCGGCUGUAGUAUCGCCCUAAACAAAUGAAAUGGUAAGGGUUUGGAUCGAAAUAUCGAUGACGUCACAUAGCGAACUAUAGAAGAAUUGGUGUUUUACCCUAUAGUGCUGGUGACAGAUGGUUAAACGAUUCGGAACACCUCGAGAAUAAUAUAAACGGAUAUAAUCAGAUUUGGUUACCAAGGAGGAUAUGAUACAGGCAUUAUUGUAGCUGGGUACAGACUGGCAUCACUAAAUCCGAUAUGUUUUCAAAAAAGGAUAAAACGGAAUCGAGGGUUGUGUUUAAAAAGAAAGGUGGCCAUAGAAACGGUUACGUUAACGACGAGUACCAUGGUGAUGAUAACGAAGAAGGUUACUCGGAUGAAGAUGACGUAUUUGUUGAAGAUCCCCUGGAUGGAUCUUCAGCUACCAAACCAUUGAUGCACCCGCGCCAAAGAACUCGAGUAAAGAGUAAACAUCCGGAUUGUAAAUGUAAAGCUAUGUGCAAGCCUAUUUUAUAUUUUGUGAUAUUUGUGAGUCUAUUAGGAGGCCUUAUGUCCGUUAUCUUGUAUACAAUGAACAAACACUCGCAUAAAAAUAAUUCCCAUACGAACAAAGUGAAAGUAGCGUCAAGUUCUAGUCAAGACUCUGUGAUUGGUUGCGAUCAGGUUGAAGUGGAAGAUGUUUGGGUUGUGGGAAUUCCUAAACUUCUAACAGAAUCAUCUUUCCGAUUGGUGGACGUCAAUCAAGAUGGUGUCCUUGACGUCCUACUGGGUUUUGCAACAGGAGCGGAUGGUUACGAUGUCACGAAUUUGGUGUGCGAAAUUUAUUUUAAUGGGACUGUUCCGUGUUUUGGCGGGAUCCUGGCUUUAGACGGGAUGUCUGGUAAAGAAUUAUGGCGAACCUACAGUAAUCAUGAGGUGUACGCUUUAAACUGUAAUGUGGAUUUAAACAAAGAUGGCGUCAACGAUUGUCUAGGAGGAGGAAGAGCAGGAGUUUUUGAUGCUAUAAGUGGUAAAGAGGGGAAGUUACUAUGGAGAUUUGGAGAUUCCGAUCCUAAAAAUAGUAUAAUGAAUUUAUACACAGCCCAGUAUGUGAGUGAUAUGGAUGGUGAUUCUGUACCGGAUAUAUUUGCUGUACAUGGUGGUGAUCCAUUACAGAGUCCAAACAGUGCUUUCAGAUUAUCUGGUAAAUUAAUGUUCUUUAGUGGUAAAACUGGUAAAGUAUUACGAGAAAUUGGAGUUCCUGAUAAUAAGGAAGCCUACUAUUCACCACAGAUUUAUCUACAAGAGGACGGUACUGAGGUUGUUUUGUUUGGUACUGGUGGUGAGACUCAUGGUGGUUCACUCUGGAGUAUUGGUCUACACGAUCUUCAGAAAGGUCAUAUCGAUAAAGCAGCAAGAAUUUAUACAGAUAAUCUGAAAGGUGUGAUGACACCACCUGCCCUGAUAGAUUUAACACAUGAUGGUAUAGAAGAUAUAGUUAUUGCCAUGUUUAAUUCGACAGUUCUCGCCAUUGAUGGAAAGACAUAUGAGAUGUUAUGGAACUAUACUUUCCCUGAAUCAGAAUCAUAUGCCACACCAUCAGUAGGUUAUUAUAAUGAUGAUGAUGUUCCUGAUUUUAUGGUUAAAUACGCGUUUGGACCAGGUUAUCCUAUAUAUUAUAAUGCUACGACAACUGUAUUAGAUGGACGUACUGGUAAACCAAUGAUUACACCAUUUGUAAGAGAUGGUGUAGGAGCUCAGGCUUCAGCUAUAACUGUGAGUGUAGAGGGAAGAGGAAACGAUCUCUUCCUCUACUGGAUCGCUGAUUGUAUUGAACAUGAAGGAGAAGGGGGUGUUUUUGAUUUUGUUAAAGGAACAAACGUCCAUGAACAAAGCCGAGCAGAUUUUUGUCGAUUGCGAUUUAAAACGAAGGGUUUUACAAAGAUGUUAGCUUUGAAUGGUAAUAUGAAAGUACCGGGAACUAAAGUCUAUUUUUCAGAGGACAGAACGGUUGUAGAGCACGCCUAUUGGAUAAAUACAACAUUAGAAGCAAUAGAUUUCGUUCGAACACAUCCAGAACAUCUCAAGGCCUAUGAUCAUUAUGCAAGUAAAGAGAGAAAAACUAAAACAGAAGAUGUGGAAACUAAUCAGAGAAAUACCAACACUGAAGAAAGCGGAAGACUCGUUCCCGAGACUGGUACCAGAACAUCCAGUGGGAAGAAAGGUCCACCAAAUAUGCAGAUGGGAGGGCGAAAACAAUACCAACGUCCUGGACAAUACAAUAACAAUCAACAAAGAGUCAGAUAUCAACAAAAUCACGGUCCUAAUAAACCAGGGUAUCGGCAACGUCAAAGGGGUCGACCAGAUAAUCCACAUGUUCCAGGGUAUCCAUACGAUAUGCAGUCGCCAUUUUCUAAUUACUAUAGCAACGGGGAAGCAAAUCCUGACUAUGACAGUCGUGAAAAUAAUGAUGACGGUUACUAUAACGACCGUUAUUUGACACAUAAACGUUCUAAAGCUAUGGAAGUAGAUCCUAUAGCAAUGAAAAAACGAGCAAUCCACAAAAAUAAUCCAGAUCAUUAUAGAAAAUUAGUAGAAAAGUUUUUAAAAGAUAACAAAAAUAAUUUUUCAAAUGAUCGAAAGCGUCGCCAUGUUGGACCUCAUGACGAUGAUGGGCUGCAGCGACUCAUUUCUACGGGAACGGUAGCUCCGUCAACACUUCCGGUUGAUCACCCGGAUUAUAAUCAAACUGCAGAUGUUGUUUUUGGCACGUAUUGGUUCUUUCCCGCCAAAACACAAGCUAUUUUGCCUGAAGACCAGAAAUGUAUAGCUGAUAAACUUUCAAAAGAAGCUGAGCGAACACAACCAACAAGUAAAUAUUAUGGAAUGGAUCACGAUGCCUAUGAAGAUGCUAUUGUACAGGAAUGUAUCCAUAAAUCUGGUAAUGCAGUGGAUGAUGAUGAUGAUGGUCAUAUAUAUCAGAGUCAGUCAGGAUUUAAUCCUUACAACGUUCAUAUGGGACAAUUAACAAUUUACAGAUUACGUAUAAAAUGUAGCUGUAGUAAUACGACAGAAAUAAAGACUGGAAAAAAGAGAUGUAGCCGCGUUUUACCAUAUAAUAAACAAGAGUGGCCAGCAUACAUGGGUGCCAACGGCGAUAGUCACUGGAGGUCCAGAGAUCAAAUAUUUUCCUAGUAAAUUACAAAAAUCCUAACACACAAACAGAAAGAUAGCUUAAACCAGCAUAACUUAAGAUUUUAAAUUGUUUUAAAACAAGAUAUAGGUUCUAAAAUAAGAUACAAUCACCCGAUUAACUCACAAAAUGGCUACAUGCAAUAUAUGCCAAUAUAGGUACUUUAUCUUUUAUUGAAUGUUGGUUUUAGUAGGAAUUGAUAUUAACUUAUAGAUAACAGAUCAAGAAUGUAGGUUUUAGUAGGAAUUGAUAUUAACUUAUAGCUAACAGACCAAGAGUGUUGGUUUUAGUAGGAGUUGAUAUUAACUUAUAGGUAACAGAUCAAGAGUGUUGGUUUUGGUAGGAACCGAUAUUAACGCUCUUGAGCAACCAGUUUGUUGGAUAUUCAGCGCUUUAUAAAUAGAUUAUAAUUAUUAUUAUUAACUAAUAGAUAACAGGUCAAGAAAUAACUUUAUAUCUGGAUUUAAAUUUUGGCAAUUCAGAUUAUAAUUUUAUUUCAAACUACCUUUUGACUCUCAUUUAUUGGACAACUUUAUGUUGGUAUUCCCAUGAAAUGAAGCCGUUCAUGAAAAUCCCAACAAAAGGCACUACAAGUCUGAUCUAUCACAUAGAUUUUAAAAGUCAAAAAUGUCUACUAUUUUAAUGUAAAGACUUUUGUCAUGUUAUUAAAGAUAAAGACAUUUUAAUUGUGUAUGUCAUAAACUCUAUAAUUAACCUUUAUUCUGGUAAGCUGGUUUGUUAAAUAGUUCACUAAUGCUUCAUUCCAAUAUGUUGCCGACGCGAAAACAACUCAAUUAUGGUGAUUACGAGUUACCGACACGAAAAUAUCGUUAGAACCACGAUGAUUACAUGUUACUGACUACAAUUCAACUUGAAUCACGAUGAUUACGAGUUACUGACUAAAAAUACAACUUGAAUCACGGUGAUUAUAAGUUACGGACUCGAAUAUUUCAUGAGACUCGCGGUGAUUACGAAUUACUGACUCAAAAACACCACAAGAAUCACGGUGAUUACUGGUUACUGACUCGACAAAAUUGUCCUAGAAUCACGGUCAUGUUCAUUAACUUAGAAAGUCGGGUGUUAAUAUAUUUUACAGUGGUGGUUUGCCAUUGGGAAAGUCGUAAUCACCGAAUAAUCAACUUGGAAAGUCGGGUGUUAAUAUAUUUUACAGUGGUAGUUUGCCAUUCGGAAAGUCGUAAUUACCAAAUACACAACAUAACACGAAUUCAGCAGGAUUCCGGUUUGUAUUUAUUUUCAUAAGCGUGUAAAUAUGGAUAUACAGCUUGUACAUGACAUUAAACCUAACCAUAACCCUAACCCAUGUACAUAAACAAUAAUAUAACCCUUGUAUAUAAACAAAUAAAUCAUGUAUAUUAUCAGUCCACUUGUAAAUAAUAUAGAGGCUACAGUUUAUAUUGUUUAAAUUAUUAUUAAAUUAUUUGAUAUUAUUUCUAAUCGGGUAAAGUUAAAUAUUAUUCAAAUAUUAUAGUAAUUGAAAGUAAACACAACCAACUGUAUAAAGCUUGCAUGUAUUUUUUUAUUUAUUAUUUUAUGGAAGCGGUAUCAUGCAUUCAGACAUUCGACAAGAUAGAUUUAGUCAUUCAACUGGACAUGAUUAGUUAUUCUCCAAUGAGGAGUCGAUCACACAAUUCUGUAAAGAAGUACAAGUUGAAAUAUUAAUUGCAACGUCUAAGUGGUCGGCCUAUAAGUGAACCAUUAGCUGACCUCUCGGUCCACUAAACAACAUUUAACCGCGGUACGGUGCGGUGAUAAAUGUCGUAUUCCUAGAUGAUCUGGCGUUCAAUUACAGACAUUUGCCCAAUUCUUACCAAGGGCAACUUAUAAUUAAAAUUAGAUUACAAUUUCGUUUCGUUUUUUUCCUGACUUUUACACUAUACAUCAUCAGAAAUAAAACGGAACGAAAUUUAAAUAAUGGCGUUUUUUAAAUAAUAAUGAUAUUAUGUAUUACUUUACGGCCAAUUUUAAGAUGCAUUUUUACACAUUUUUUAUGAUUAAGAAGAAUGUAUUGUCU